UAGUUGUGCAUCUUGCUGGCUGUCAUCUCCCUUGAGGGGUGGCUCUCAAAUUUGUGCGCAACUGUGAUGUCCCCGGGAAGCUUCCCGAGCAGCACAAAUUCUCCAGUCCUCCUUCCUAGAGAUCUUCACUCAGAGGUGAGCUACUGAGUUCUUCAUUAUGUCCGAUGGAGAUUACGAUUACCUCAUCAAGUUUUUAGCAUUGGGUGACUCUGGAGUAGGGAAGACCAGUGUACUUUACCAAUACACUGAUGGCAAAUUUAAUUCCAAGUUUAUCACCACAGUGGGCAUCGACUUCAGGGAAAAGAGAGUGGUGUACAGAGCCAGUGGGCCCGAUGGCGCUGUGGGUAGAGGCCAGAGGAUCCACCUGCAGUUAUGGGACACGGCGGGGCAAGAGAGGUUUCGUAGCUUGACAACAGCAUUCUUCAGGGAUGCGAUGGGUUUUCUUCUCCUUUUUGAUCUGACGAAUGAACAAAGUUUCCUCAAUGUCCGAAACUGGAUAAGCCAGCUGCAAAUGCAUGCCUACUGUGAGAACCCAGAUAUAGUGUUAUGUGGAAAUAAAAACGAUCUGGAAGACCAGAGGGUGGUGAGAGAAGAAGAAGCGAGAAGCCUCGCAGAGAAAUACGGAAUCCCCUACUUUGAAACCAGCGCUGCCAAUGGGACCAACAUAAGCCAAGCGAUUGAGAUGCUCCUGGAUCUGAUCAUGAAGCGGAUGGAGCGCUGUGUGGACAAGUCCUGGAUCCCCGAGGGCGUGGUACGCUCCAAUGGCCACACAGCCGCCGAUCAGUUAGGGGAAGAGAAGAAGGGAAUGUGUGGCUGCUGAACCAUCAAGAGAGCAUCGCAGUGAGCCAUGGCCCACACCUGCCAUCUCUGUGUUUCACACACAGCCCCGGGAGAUGGACAGGCACUGGGCCACACUGCUUCCCACCACGUCCAUUAGACUUGCUAAUCAGCAUCCAGCUUUCAGAUCCAUUUGUUCUAGCCUUGGUGAAGAUCGCUUUAAGAUCCCCUCCUGCCAGCUAGGCUCUGCUGGCUCACGCCUGUCAUCCUAGCUACUCAGGAGGCUGAGAUCUGAGGAUCAUGGUUCUGAGAAACUCUUAA